AUGGAGGCGGGCGCCCUGAUGAACCUGCGCCUGGCGGAGAUCGUUGAGAACAUUGCGCUGGCGUCCGCCGAGGUCCUCGCGACCCGGCAGCGCGCGGGUGCACCCUGCCAAGUGCCAACCUACGAUGCCAUCAAUUCCUUCGCCGACCUGGACGUGCUCAUGAAGUCCCUGGCCUUCGACCUCACGGCGGAGGAUCCCUGGAAGCGGCUGGGUCUACCCAAAUUCGAGGGUCCCCUCCCCAGCAGGGAUAUGAUUGAAGGUCGAGUUCGCGAUGGCAGCCUGCUCGCGGGGCUUGCUAAAAGCUCCUGGGGCGCGGAUUUCCGUGCCAAGACCGACGCCAUCAAGCAAACUCUGGAGAUGGCGAAGGCGGACGUCCUCAAGGAGCUGCCUCGCAUACUCCGGGAGCGCAAGAAGGAGGACCAGGAACAUCGCGCCGUCCCCCUGCACCUGGAGGCGAGCCCCGAGCUGAUCAUGAACAGGCUGGAAGACGGGGGAUUCUUGGCGACCCAGCUGUCGAAUUUCCAGUCCCUCAACCUCUCCUCUUGGCCCCAGGUACUCUCAAUCGCCGACGCCCGGUCCCUGUACGCGGAAAUCUCCAAGGGCGUCCCGGCGAGCAAGGCGGCCUUGCAGAAGCUCGUUGGUGGCCAUGUCACGAUGUGGGUCCCCACGGAGAACCGCCACCUCCUCCACUUGCUGGACGCGGUCUGGGAGAUUGUGGUGUGCCAGGCUUUCCAGGUUUCCGUCAGCCUGCUCAUCCCGCAUACACCCUAUCCUACUUGUUGCGCCCCCGAGUUUCUCCAGGACCUCUGGACACACCCAGCCCUGGGGAAGAAGCACAGGAAGAUCUUAGAGUCGAUCUCCUUCCUCCGCCAACCUACGAGGUGUGUCUUUCCUGGUGCCUACGGCCCCCUCCACCACCUGAAAUCGAUCGCCGUGGCGAAGUUCUCGACCGAAGGGGUGUUUCAAGGACAGCAGGUCGUAGACUGGAUGCCUACCCUGCUCCGCUACGAGUCCAGGCCGGCCAUCAUCUUGGACUUCGCCGUGGAGGACCAGAUGCGCUUCCACCAGGCCGUCUACGCCAUCUCUCUCCCUGGGCUCGUCGGGGUGGACGGCCCCAGGAAGAGCUUUGGAAGUACGAGCGCCCUCCCGCGCACAUGUUUCACACUCUCCUUCGACAGCGACAUUGUCUCCGAGAUGGACCUCCGCAUCUACAUCAAGGAGCUGCGGAAGCAACCCGCUUUUCGCGGGUGCCUUAUGGGCUCUCGCGACCUAUUUGACCUUUCUUCCGCGAUUUUGAUGGACAUGGGCGCUUCGACGGCUGCGGACCAGCAUUUCGACAAGAUGGAGGAGGAUUGGGCACAGGCCGUGACGGACGCCAGCACUUUGACCCCUGAGGCGGCGAUCGAAAAGAUGCGUUAUAGGAGCUCCAAUGGUGGAGGCCGCCCAUUCGCCACAGCGCAGCUCCUGGACUCCACCGUCAAGGCCACGCGGGCGCAGGCCGCCGCGCGCAAACAGUCCCACACUGAGCAGCUUCGCCGCUCCCUCAACACCACGAUCUGUCUCCAGGACAUCCAUGUCAAGGACGGGGCGGAGUUCGCUCAGGCCUUGGUCACGGCGAUCUGCACGAAGGCUGGCACCAGGCUCAUGCGCCAGGGGGCCUCCGAGGACCUCGUUGAGGGCGAGCGGAAGAUGAUCUUGGCGGCGGAUGGUGCCUGGGCGGGGAAGCUCCUGGUCCAGGCCAGGGACACCGCGAUGGUUGAGACGCUCUUCGCCCAUAUCCAUGGGACCGCCAUUGAGCUCGACGGGAUGAGCCACGUCAUCGAGGUCUCCGGCGACUUCGUGGCCAAUCCCAAUGCAUCGGCGACGGGAUGGGAUAGCCUGUGA